GCCAGCUACACUUAUCCCGAUCUCGGGACUCGAUAUCCCAAUCCUCCUCUACAGCAGCAACAAGGAGAUCGAGAGGCAUUCCGCUUCCGACCGCUAUCAGAGCUCCUCCCCGUUGACUUCCCUUGAGCCGAUGUUGAAGUUCAUCUCAUUUCUUCUAUACUAGUUCAGGAGGCCUUAUGGCUAGCAAACGUAUUCAAAAGGAGCUUCUGGAUUUGCAAAGGGAUCCUCCAGCAUCCUGCAGUGCUGGGCCUGUUGGUGAAGAUCUGUUUCACUGGCAAGCAACAAUUAUGGGCCCUUCUGACAGUCCCUAUGCAGGGGGGGUGUUUUUUGUGAUGAUUCAUUUCCCGGCUGACUACCCAUUCAAGCCUCCCAAGGUCAACUUUCAGACCAAGGUGUACCAUCCAAACAUCAACUCAAAUGGAAGCAUCUGUCUUGAUAUCCUGAAGGACCAGUGGAGCCCAGCUCUGACCAUAUCCAAAGUGCUUCUCUCCAUCUCAUCUCUGCUCACAGAUCCCAACCCAGACGACCCUCUUGUCCCUGAGAUUGCACACAUAUACAAAACACACAGGUCCCGCUACGAAGAAAUAGCACGGUCAUGGACGCAAAAGUAUGCCAUGGGCUGAUGACAAAGGAAAGGAACACGUUGUGAGGAGUUCCAAAGACUUGAAACAGACUUGGUGCUUGUGUAUCUUGGUGAACUUGUGUGAAUUAGUAUUCUUGAUGUCUUAAGAUCGAGUUCUGCCCUGUGCUUGAAUUCAGUACUCAGAUCUUUCUAGUUACGAACUGUGGAUAGGUACCACCUAUUUCUUGUGCUAAAUGCCUGAAGUUGGCAUCUUUGUUA